AUGUCGAGAACUGUACUCUUCUCCAUCAUUGUGGCCACGGUGUUGGCCAAAUUACAAAACGUGACUGUCAAAAUCGGAGAGAUCACUUGUGGUAACGACGACUAUCUCGACAGUCUCAAACUUCAGGUUUGGGAUAAGGAUAUCUUGAAAGACGACUUGUUGGGUGAGAUGUACUUCAACGUGUCCCAUCCUCCUCAGAACAUCUCGUUUGUAGCCAGUGAAAACGAAUACCUCACAUUGUCGCCCUACCUGAUUUUUCAGCACACGUGCAAUGGAGUAAGUGGUUUCUGUUGA